AUGUCCUGUGAUAAAUUAGUCGGACUUAUGAUGCUCGGUGUAGCUACUGCUGUAUUUACUUAUUAUACCGCAUGGGUGUUUGUUUUACCAUUUGUUGAUGAUUCCAAUGCAUUACAUUCAUUCUUCUUACCUAGAGAUUAUGCUAUUAAGUUGCCAUUCUUGUUAUUAUUAUUAUCAGGAUUGGGGGUAUCUACCUUCAUUGGAAAAGUCUUGAUUAAGAAUGCCGAGAAAGAAAGACAGAAGAAAAGUAAGAAAACCCAAUAA